ACGUCCCUCAUAAAACUACGUCGCUGCCUCCGCAGCCACUAUUCAACUCUUUCUUCUUCGCACAAAGAGCAGGUGACCAUCCCGUGUAGAUCAAAUGGCUACAUUACACUAAGGCAAGUCGUCGUCGCCAAUCCUUCGAUUCUGACUUCGGCUACUGUUGUGCAAAUUAAUUAUCGAUGCUCGCAAGAAUAUCGAUAUCCUACUCCCAUCCAUGAUGUCUUGACAGGUUACGAUUGGGUUUUGGAGCAUCUCGUUCCUAGCCGAUCCUUCUAUCGCCCUGGUCGGUCUGCAAACCACAGGGUCAAGCUAGCCGUAUGCGGUGAGCUUGUUGGUGGCAGCCUGGCUACCAUGCUCGCCUUGACCGAGUGUCGUCAGCAAGGCCCAUACAUCGCUGCCGCUGCCAUCAACGAGCCCGUUCUCAAUUGGGUCUUCCCCGAAGACGACGAGACUGAACACGAAACCUCAGUUGAUCGUCUCGCCUCGUAUAUUCAUGGACUGCAAACUGGUCAAAAACCAAAGGCCAAAUCAAAACCUCGUCAGACUAGUNUUUCGACAUUCGUCAAUAGCACCCAUCUCAGCGCCAGCAAUUUACUCAAGGCUAGGCACGAUUUGUUCAGACGUCCCGAAGACUACUUCGAUACUUUUGCAUCACCAAUCUUCAACUUCCGCACUCCAGGAGUUCCUGUACCGCCACCACAGCCAAAAACUCCUGCUGAUGAGUUUGCAGAACUUGCUCUCUUUGAGCGAGAUGAAUUCCAUCGGCAGCAAUUGAAGAUGAGUUCAUUGUCAAACAGACUGCAGAGUCUAGACCAGCAGGAGGAAAGCCCAGCAGAGACCACANAAAAGCCUCGAAAAUCUUACCGAAGGUGGCCCAACGCAGGUAGCGGGCUAAGAAUACCUCAAAUGCGUAUUUCUUCUGCGGUGACCAGUCCACUCUCAGAUCAAGUCGAUGAGUUUGCCAGGCUGGUUCAGAAGAGCAUC